AUGUCCUUUUGCAUAAUUCAGCAUCGAAAACUGCAUAAGCUCGAACUGGUUGCGCUGUUAACCGCAGCUGAACUAGCAAGGUCCUCGUCGCCUACAGUAAUACAGGGUACCAAAAUCGAGAUUUUUUGGGCAGCCAGCUGGAAGAAACAAUCAGUUCAGUACAGGAUCCGCUUAAGCGGUCGCCCAGUAGCAUGGUUUCUAAUUGGCCAAAGCGACCACGGCGAAUAUCGUGGAUCCGAUUUCUGCAAAUUUUCACCAAACGGAAUUACGGUAAUCAGUGAUGCUCUUGUGGAUGAUGGAACCACUCAGUUUGUUGUAGCCACUGGUCACUCCCGUGAGAAGUCGUUUCUGGAUGCUAGCAUAUCCAAAGCUAUUAUUUAUGGGAAGUUGCUUCAAAAAACGUCGAAGAAAAUCCAAGGAAACGCUAAGGAGCGUCGCGAGCAAUUUACUAUCACCGUCAGUGAUGUUGCAGUACCGAACCAAGUAACAACAUAUUGGUGCUCAGUUGCUCAGAUUGAUCCGAAAUUCCAUCAACAAAAGUACCAUAUUAUCAAAGUGGAAGCUCUAGUGACAAAGGGAAAUGAGCAUCUGGUGCAUCAUAUGGAGCUGUUCGGAUGCCAGAAUCCAGGAUAUGAUGUUGAUUUGGUGUAUGAGGGUGACUGCAAUGACCCGCGUAAACCAAUGGAGGCGCAUGGAUGUUCUACAGUCAUUGCUGCAUGGGCUAUGGGUGCUGGUGUAAGUUUCUUUACUACAUUCGAUCUAAAGCGCAUGCAGCCCUAG